CCCGCCACGAUCCAGACCUCACCACUAUCCUUCUCGGUGCAGCGUUAAUUCCACCACCAGCCAUACCACAACAACAAUACCCACCACCACUUACAACCCGACCACUACCCUCUACACACUCACCCACCCACCCACCUACCUCACACCCCCAACCAACCCCACAAACAAAACUCGUGAACCAUGUCCUCCAACGUCGGCCUCUCCACGCCCCGAGGCAGCGGUACAUCCGGAUACGUGCAACGGAACUACGCAUUCAUGAAGCCGCGCAACACGGGGUACGGGGCUCCCUACCCGCCGGUAUCAGGGGCGAACAAUGCGAUGGAGAGACCGUUCAAGCAACGACAGCCCGAUAAGCAGAUUUUGGAACAUGAUCGGCGACGCGCGAUUGAGGUGAAGGUUAUGGAGGAGAGGGAGAGAUUGGAGGAGGGGAAUGAGGAGGUUGAGGAACGGAUUAAGGAGAGGAAGAAGAAAUUGGGGAAGGGGGAGGAUGAGGAGGAAGGGGAAGGGGAAGAGGAGAGGGUGUUGACGGAGGAGGAGAUUGAGGAGCGGUGUGAGGUUUUGAGGAAGAGGUUGGUGAAGGAGAUGGAGGAGGAGGAGGCGCGGAGGGAGAAAGCGGGGAAGAAUGGUGGUGGUGGUGGGAAUGGGGAGGGGAGACGUCGCGGGGGGGGCGCCUGGGGGAGGGAUUUGCCGCCGAAGGAGAGACGUCAGUUUAAGAGUUAUCAGGUGCAUGAGUUGGCGGAGGCGAAGAUUGAGGAGAGUGAGCGGUUGAGGAGGGCGUUGGGGAUUAGGGAGGAUAGGGAGACGGGGGAGAUUGCGAGGAAAUGAAUGAAUAGAUCAUUCUGUGCUGUGUUUGGGUUUCGGUUGGGUUGGUGGGUUGAUUGGGGGUUAUUCUUAGUUCCGACUUAUUUUAUUAUCUGUGCCAGGUGUUUGGAGUUGCUUGGGGUUGAUUCAUUGCAUGGGUGUGAUUGGGGAAUGAUGCAUACAAGGUUAAAGGAUCCCGCAGACUGGCAUACAAAUUUGCUCGUGGUAUAUAUCAUCGCUUUUAUGGCAUCCAUUAUAUACAUUAGGCGGU